UGCCUGUUCUUAGGUGACAACUACUAAAAUGAAUAUAUUUUAAAAAGAUUAUUUAUUAAAAGCAAAUUUUAUUUUAUUUUCGCUGUUGUUGAUUUCCGAAAUUAGGAGUUCGAAGGCUUAGCAAGUAAAGAAGAUGACUAACCCUAAAGGAAAACGCAGAGGAACUCGAUAUCUAUUCUCAAAAAAAUUUAGAAAACAUGGUGUCGAACAUUUAUCAACAUACUUAAAAACUUAUAAAGUUGGAGACAUAGUUGAUGUAAAGGGAAAUGGUGCUAUUCAAAAAGGUAUGCCAUACAAAUUUUACCAUGGAAAGACAGGGAGAGUUUUUAAUGUGACUAAAAGUGCAGUUGGAGUAGUUGUAAACAAGCAAUUAGGGAACCGAAUAAUUCCAAAAAAGAUUAAUGUUCGUAUUGAACAUGUCAAACAUUCUAAAUGCCGAGAUGAUUUUCUAAGACGUGUUAAAGAGAAUGAGGUAAAGAAGAGGGCUGCUAAAGCAACAGGAGCUAAAGUUGACUGCAGGCGACAACCCGUAUUGCCGCGUGAAGCUCACUUCGUUUCAUCAAAGAAUAACGCGCCAAUAUUGGUCGAACCCAUUCCAUAUGAAUUUAUUAUUUAAAAUAUAUGUUCAUAUGGCAGAAUAUAUAUCGAAAAAAAAGUCUUUUGUUUGUUUGUUGCCGUUUUCAAUGCAAUAAAACGUUGCAAAAUACGUUUUAAGAAAUAGUUUUAAACUGUUUCUUGAUUAAUUAUCUAAAAAGAGAACUUACAGGGUUCCCA